AUGAUGAGCGCGAAAAUCGUCGAAACGUUGUGCCUGUUGUUCCUAGCGGUGGGGCGGGGGUGCGAUGCGGGGGAACUCGUCGUGAGGGUGGAGGGAGGGCCCCUCGUAGCGGAGCUGAUAGCCGCGGAAACGGGACACGCGUUCAGGGGACCGGUACUCGGCUUUACUAAUACAUACUUACUGAUCUCUAUCGACAACGAGACCUUUUUUCCCAACCACCAAAAGAGGGGCUCCGCUAGAACCAGGUUGGAUGACGAUCAACGAGUGACCUGGGUGGAGGAACAGCACUCGAAGCAACGCCAAAAACGAGAUUUUACCACAGUCGAUCAGUCGGACGUCCCACAGCAAAGAUCCAAACGUCUAAAUCGACCUAGAAGAUGGACCAAUGUGGACAAAACGUUCAACGACGAGCUGUGGAGCAGUCAGUGGUACUUGAAAGACACCAGAACAAGAUUGGACUUGCCUAAAUUGGAUCUGAACGUGUUGCCGGUAUACAGGGCCGGUAUCUCCGGUAAAGGGGUGAGAAUCAGCAUCUUGGACGACGGCAUCGAGUACACCCACGAAGAUCUACGAGCGAAUUAUGAUCCGUUGAUAAGCUACGACUGCAACGAAGGCGACAACGAUCCUCUGCCAAGAUAUGAAGCGAGCAACUCCAACAGCCACGGCACCAGGUGCGCAGGCGAAGUCGCCAUGGCGGCCAACAACAAGAAGUGCGGCGUAGGGAUCGCUUUCGACGCGAAAAUAGGCGGAGUCAAGAUGUUGGACGGCCUGGUCACUGACAGGAUCGAAGGAACAGCUCUUUCUUACGCACAGCAUCUGGUAGACAUCUACAGCGCGUCGUGGGGCCCCAACGACGACGGCAAAACCGUAGACGGUCCCGGGAGAUUAGCGAGGGAGGCCAUAGAGCGAGGAAUCAGAGAAGGUAGAAGCGGUAGAGGCUCCAUUUACGUGUGGGCUAGCGGUAACGGAGGCAAUAAACACGACAACUGCAACUGCGACGGGUACUUGGCUAGUAUCUACACCAUCUCCAUAGGCAGCGCCUCUCAGAAAGGGGCAUUUCCUUGGUACGGGGAGGCUUGCGCCUCAACGCUGGCGGUCACUUACUCUUCGGGGGCUUACAAGGACCAGAUGAUAGCGACUACCGACUUGAACAACGAGUGUACUAUCAAGCACACGGGGACAUCCGCUUCUGCACCCUUGGCUGCUGGUAUUAUUGCUCUUGCUCUGGAGGUCAAUCCGUCGUUGACUUGGAGGGAUGUCCAGCAUCUGAUCGUCUGGACUUCUGAGUUAGCUCCGGUUGCUGACAAUCCAGGAUGGAAAAAGAACGCCGCAGGUCUUUGGUUUAGUACUAAAUUUGGAUUCGGACUCAUGAAUGCCGCUGGUCUGGUUUCGGCGGCAGUCAAUUGGACGACGGUGCCACCCAAGGCUAGUUGCUCAGUGGAGAUCGAAAGAAGCGAGAAUAGAACGAUAUCGUACAAUCGACCCGUUGCGAUUUAUAUCGAAACCUCCGCCUGUAAAGGUACCGACGCGGAAGUGUGGUUCCUCGAGCAUGUAGAGCUUAGAACGACCAUUAGCUAUUCGAUCAGGGGAGCGUUGCAAGUGGCUUUGACCUCGCCGGCUGGCACUACAGUGGAGUUACUUACGCCGAGACAGUACGACAUUAGUACCAGGGGGUUUACCAAUUGGACGUUUAUGUCCGUAAUGACUUGGGGUGAACUAGCGGCUGGACUUUGGACCCUACUUGUUACAGACUCCAUCGGCCCAGAAGAUAACGUCGGCGAAAUAGGUCGAACCAUCCUUAUCCUCCACGGUACCAAAGAACCACCGGCACACAUGUACAACGGACCCAGAGAUUACAAUCUCAACUACAAUAGAAUCCACAAUAGGGUGGGCGACGCGUUCAAGACGAAAUUUUACGACAAUAUUUACGAGAAUUAUCUAAAAUAAAAUGUAUAGUAAUCAAUAAACGGCAAAAUUGA